AUGGAUCAAGUCAACUUUGGUGACAUAGGUAGCCAAAUCAAUUCUCUUAAGCUUUUUUCACAUAUCACAACUCGGGAUGUUACACUAAUCUUACAGAUCCAUGUGAGAGAAAGAGAAGACGACGAUGAAGAAGAGAAGAAGAUUGACACGUUCUUUAAGCUCAUCAAAAGUUAUCAAGAAGCACGGAAACGAAGAAGAGAAGAGUUGGCUGAAAAUUCAGGAGACGUGAAGAAGAAAACUAACGUCGGAGAGACAUCCGGUGCUGUGGUUCCGGCGUUUCAGCCGGAAGAUUUCUCUCAGUGUAGGACGGAUGUGAAGCCACUGAUGGCUGUUUCAGAUCACAAGGAAGGGGAUGUAAAGGUGAAAGAAGAGGAGGAACAAGCAGAUAAGGAGGGAGAAGAAGAGAAGGGUUUAGAUCUUUAAUCUUGCAUUGUAAUAAACUCUCUUUUUUUUUCACUUUCAUUUAGGAUUUGGGAAUUGACAAAUAAAUAUCUCAACGUGUUUCCGAUCAAAAUAGUCAAAGCCUAAAAUGUAAAAUAAGCUAAAACAUUGGUAUAAUUCUUGGGACACUAGAAACUAUUAUAUCUGAAUAUUUGUUUGCUGUUUCUGAGCAUAUUUAUAGAUAAAUGAAAAAGAUAGGAAUGCUGAAAGUGCUUCAAGAAAAGUCAACGAGUUGACUCUCAUUGUGAUCUCCCCCAGAUAAAUGAAACAGACUUUUAACACACAACUCUUAAGGUUGGUUCUGACUUACGCUUCAAACGGUUUGACUUUUAAACUCAAUAAGAGAUUGGUUCUCUCUCUCUAGCUCUCAACAUUAAAGCUUGUUUCUCUAUAAUAAAUCUCAGUUUCGUCUCUAACUUGUGAUUUUUCAAGUCCAGACAAAAGUCAACUUCUUGCAAAGUUUGAUCGUUGCUGAAGAUGGGGACAACAUUUGGGAAGCCAUUUGCCGGUUUGUUCCAAGAACCAGAACCGAGAAUAAUGUCUUUCGGCCUCGGCUUUACAGGAAAAUCAUCAAUACUGCUCCAACUCAAAACCGGCGAAAUCCUUUCAAAAACAAGGCGCACCAUUGGUGAGCAAAUGAUCAUCCUCUCUUUUUCAACUUACUGUUUUCCAAUGAGUUUCUCACCAAAAAAUAAAAAAAAAAGUUGGAUAGGAUUGAAUGGGGAAGCUUCAAAUUCAAGAACUCGAGCUUUAGCUUCUUUGAAAUAGAAGAGCAAUGCCUGCAUAGGGUAUGGGAGACGUUUCCUUUCGCACCAGCUUUAUAAGAAAAACAUAUAAAUAAAUCCAUACCUCAUUAUGACUUUGUUUGUUAAUAAAAUACGAAAAAAAAAUUACAAUUGCAGAAAAUUUCUUCAUGGAAAAUUUACUUUCAAAAGGCAGCAGGGUUUGUAUACGUAGUUGAUAGCACGGACAGAAAGGGAAUGGAAGAGGCAAAGAGUUUCCUUUACAUGGUGAUGGAUGAGGUACACAAACAAAUAUGUCUUUUAAACACCAAGCAAAGUUGUAUAUAUAUAUACUCCCUCCGUUCUUAAAAGAUGUAUGUUCUGGAAAAAAAAUUGUUUCAAAAAAAUACAUUUUUUACUUUUUCAAUGUAUGAUUUUAUGAAAAAUUGUAAAUUUCAAAAACAUUAAUGGUGUUUAUUGAAUUUCUAUUGAUUAAAAAUUAUGAAAAAUUGUUAUUCACAAAAACAAUGCAUAUUUAAUGAGUUUUCUUAAUAUAUGUGAAAAAUCUAGAAUAUGCAUCUUUUAAAAACAGAAGGAGUAUAUAUUACCAAUGUUUUCAAUCCAUGGGUUUAGAUAGACGGGAAUGCACCAGACAAUACAGCGGUUCUUGUUUAUGCAAACAAGCAUGAGGUUCCUGGUGCCAUGUCGGCUUCUGAGAUCAGUAACGAACUUGAUCUCCCUUCUCUUCGUCAAAGAAACUGGCAAAGAAACUGGUAAGAAAGACGAUUUCAAGUCUUGGUAAGAAGAUUUAUAGAUUGAUUCUUCUGAUGAUCUUUGUGUUUGAUAUUGGCUUGUUAGGCAUGUCCAGAGCUCAUGUGCGCUCUGUGGCGACGGUAUACAUGAAGGAUUCGACUGGCUCUUCAAAAACAUUGCAAGAAUGUAAACAGUCCUUAUUUUUCGUUGCUAAAUCUCUUCUGUACCAAAAAUACAGCCAUCUUCUGUUUCAAGUUAUCGAGCUCUUCAUGUUUAUUCGCUAGCUCCAUCAACAAGACAACUUGAUCCUCUUAAAAGAAACAUUACUCGGCCUAUGUCCCUUGUCAGCCAUCAUCUCUCAGCUUCAUCAACCUUAGACAAAUCACAAACUGAUUACGCGUUUAAGCACACACCAAUUAACCUAAUGUGCCAACAAUACCACAAUCGAAUGGUAUGUCAUUGUAGCAUUUUAGGAUCGAAUCCACAAGGAACUAGUGACCUAUAACACCAAGAAUACACAAACUUUCUUAAUCUAAGCAAACAAGAAGAUGGAUGAUUUGUAACAAGCUAAGAUCCUAGAAAUAUAAACAAGGUGAUCUCAAAUCCAAUCAAGAAAUAAGUGCAAGAACUUUCAAAUGCUAAGGAUGGAUUCAUGGGUAAGGAUAAUUGAUAUAAGGUGAUCAAGUUUCAAUCUAAAGGUGUCAACUUUCAACCAAUCUAUCUACCUUAGGCCUAGACACAAUCCUAAACAAACUCUAUCCCUAGAUGAAUGCUCAUUUACCUAGAUAACUCAAGCAUCAAAUCCCUUUGGUUGAAUGUUAUCUAAGUAAUCAUUAAUCUCAAGUCUACUAGCCAUCUUAACACCUUUAACAACAAAUCCCUUUGGUAAAGGAUGUUAAAAGCUUAGGAGAGUUGGUUCAGGCAUUUCAUCAAACACCUUCCGGGUAUGAAAUGCCUAGAGCUCAACUUUAGAGAGGCCAACUCUAGAGUUGCAUUAAAAGCACUCUACUAGCAAGGAACAAGAUGGAUCUAUACUAAAACACUUUAGAUCUAGUUUAAUCACCCUAAUCUACCUUAACCCAUGAAUCCAAAAUGUGUCUACUCAAUAAUCUCCAUGAGAAACCUUAAACCCAUGUAAGGAUCAAGGCUAAUCAUGUUAAUGAGCAAGAGAAACACAAUUAUAAGAUGAAGUACUUCCUCAAAUUAUAGAAAGAUUCAAGCUUUUACAAGUUUAGACAAAGUCUUGAGAGAAAAUGAGAUAAAACUAGAGUUUUUAGGUCUAAAACUAUUUAUAGGGAUGUACAAGUCGUACUGGUUUGAUUGAAUUAAACCAGGUCAAACCGGAUUAAACCGGUCAACAAAUUGGGAUCGCGUCUUUGUCUUCUCCGAGCGGCCUUUGCACCCCGCUGUGGCAAACCGCUGAGAUGUUGACAUCGAGUUUGUCCAAGUGCGCGCGGCUUCUUCAUCCCGCGUUGCAGGUCCGCUCCAAGGUGCGUCCGAGAUACAGCGACCACAACACCUCGCUCCCUUGAACUCGCGUCCGAGCCCGCUGAGUUCCCGAGCCGUGUCCCAAUCUCUCUCCGUCGCGGCUCGUCUCACUUCACCGCGAACCACCACAAACUCCUUCUUCCUCGCCUUGAUCAAGCCGUGACUGCGUCACCGUCUCCUCCAAGCCGCGACCAAGCUUCCUCCGUGGCGUCAGUGUCUCCAUCUCCGUCGCUUGCUCCACUACGGGAUCCCGUCCAAGCCAUGCUCUCAGGUGCUCGAGUCUCGUCGUCGUCGAGCUUUGCCGUGGUUGAAAUCAGCCUCGCCGUCGUUCACGUUGAAACCAAGCUCUCGAUCUCCUCCAAUGGAGACUUCUUCAAUAUUUGCAAGACAGGUCCCCGCAAUCUUGAUUAUUUACACAUUCGCCCCAAACUCUUAAAGUUGCAUAAAAGACCUCUCGAAUUGGCCCUGAAUCUUUUGAUUGUGCGAAAAUAACCCAAGCGACUUCCUCUGAAUUUGCAGCAUUGUCCACCGACUCUUGAUGGUUCUCAAACUGGCCACAAACUGUGUAAUUUGCAAGUAUAACCUUGCGAUUUUGCCCCAAACUUCUCAAGUGUGCACAUUAGCCCCUAUUUAUGCAAUUAUGCAUGUAAAUGCAAUAUUAAGACCUAAAUGCAACCUAGAAUGAUUAAAAUAAGCUAAAUGAGAUGCUAAAUACUAUUAAGAUCAUGAGUUAUCAACUCCCCCACACUAGUCCUUUACUUGUCCACAAGUAAACAUUCAAUAUCAAUUAAAGAGAAGAAGUUUAAAUUUGAGAGCUUAUAACCAAAAGAACACUUUAUAGCUUUCAACAUAACAUCCUAAAGAAACAUAGCAAAAAGCAUGAGCAACUCUCUUAAUACACUCUAGCUUCUCAAGGCCUAUCAAGACUCUUAUGCCUCAACACAAGUCAUUUACUCAUCAAUCAACAAGUUCUUUAGCCAACUCUCACAUUUAUUAAAACAAGCAUACAAGGUGAGUUCUUGCAAAU